AUGGGUGCAUGUGUUAAGGGAGGCAAGGUAAUAUCUGAGGCAUCGAUAAACAAGGAUGGAUGGUUGCCAACCCUCCUGUCCCACCCAAGCUCCGUCCACUACCAGCCCCGCGUCCUCAACCCUGGUCCCGCGCCGACCAGGGUGCACCUGCGCCACGCCAGCUGCAAGCGCCUGCCCGCGCCGCCGGUGCUGCCGCACGGGGCUAAGCCGAAUACGCCUGAUAAGAAGCGGAAGUAUUCUCCGUUCCACUAUCCUGGGGAGUCGAUCGCGGAGUGGGUGGUGGCGCGCGCCGACGACAUCAUCAACUGGGGCCGGCGCGGCUCGCUGUACCCGCUGACCUUCGGGCUCGCCUGCUGCGCGCUCGAGAUGAUGCACUACGCCGCCCCCAGAUACGACAUGGACCGCUUCGGCAUGGUGUUCCGCGGCUCCCCGCGCCAGACGGACUGCAUCAUCGUGGCCGGCACCGUCACCAACAAGAUGGCGCCCAUGUUCCGCAAGACCUACGACCUGAUGCCCGACCCCAAGUGGGUGGUGUCGAUGGGCAGUUGUGCUAACGGGGGAGGGUACUAUCAUUAUACGUACUCGACGGUGCGCGGGUGCGAUAGGAUUGUGCCGGUGGACAUCUACGUGCCGGGCUGCCCGCCCACGGCCGAGGCGCUGCUGUACGGCAUGCUGCAGCUGCAGCGGAAGAUCAAGCGCAUGCGCAACGUGCAGAACUGGUACCGACACUGAAGGUUAAUGUUUAUUUGAUGUAGUUGUCAUUGUAUGGGAGAGGAAUAAAGUUGGGUUUUGGA